AUGGCGAGAGCGGUGGAAAAAUGUGCUAAGAACCUAAGUGCUUGGGAAGAAAUAUGCAGCUGUAAAGGUGACUAUUGUAACACGAUGCAUUUCAUGAAAGAAGCACUGAAAAAGAUGCAUGAGCCGAAAGGCACCGAUGUACAAGUGGCUGGAGGCGGAGUUACAAACAUUGAUGUCAGCGACUUCGAAGAUAUGGACGCAGUGAGGGGCAGCAAGAAAGGAUCAAAGGGCAAACAGUUAAUUCUUCUUCUUGUCGUCAUCCCGUUGGGCGUUGGCGGCCUGGCUGUAUGCUUAAUCUUCAUAAAUUACCACUGUAAAAUGUGCUGA